GAAGGAAAGGAGGAGAAGGCAGAAAGCAGUAAAUUUUAGCUGAUAGAAUUGUAACUAUUUGCUCUUUACAUGCUAUUAAAAAUCUGCUAAAAUCACACCCACUCAGCUUUCCCUUCUACAGCAGUUUGGCUCUCUGCCAAACUUUGAGUAAUAAAAAGAGCCUGCAACUCUCUGAACACAGAGCUACAGCUUUUCAUGGGAGAAAACAAAACAAGAUCACAAGGUGUAUAUAAAAGUAGAGUUGGAAUAUAACUGCAUCAACUACUACCAAGUGCGGAUGACAGGAAACCUCAUCAUUUGACAGCAACCCUUCAUAUUUAUAACUUAGAAGCCUGAAAAUGAAGCCUGAAGUGAAGUAUUCAACCACCAAAAUUUCCACAGCAAAGAUGAAUAGCUCAGCCGGCAAAGCCUCGAUAAAAUCUCCCAAGUUGAGAAAAUCCCAACAGAAGGCUAAAGAAGUCUGUCAGAUGUACUUUAUGCAGCUUCGCUCUGGCCUUAUCAUAGAAAAGAAGACCUGUUACUUUGGGAAAGAAACCACCAAAAGGCGUUCACCAACAAAAGGUAAAAAGUGCAAAAAGCAACCUCUGGUACUUGCUGCCUGUCAGCAGCAACUAGGACACCUUAAACGGUCUGUGGAGGGCUUCACCUUUGCUAAUACUAUGGUCCAGAAAUAUACCACAGCAACUAAUCUUCUAAGUAUCAAAGAACAUUCUGCUUCCCUCAGUACAUAUAACGAUCAAUACAUUACUUUUGCUUUUGAGGAUGGAAGUUAUGAGAUCUAUGUUGAAGACUUGAGAAAAGACCAAGAGAAAGAUAAGGUGUUACUCCGUUACUAUGAUUCCCAAAUCCCCUCAAGUGAAACAGAUGGUGGUGGUGAUCAUCGGAAAUUAAUGGUAAACCUGAGCCCCACAAAAGACAAAGAUUUCUUGCUGCAUGCCAACAGUAAGGAGCGUUCUGUGGAGCUACAGAAAUGUGAAAAUCCACUGCCAGAACAGGCCUUCUUUGUCCUUCAUGAGCAGCCCUCCAAAUGUGUUUCAUUUGAAUGUAAGAGCCAUCCUGGAGUGUUUCUAGGAGUAAAGAAUAACCAGCUAGCUCUAAUAAAACUAGGGGAACACCCUGAGGAUUCAAAUAGAGAGAAUACCACAUUUAAGCUCUCAAACUUAAUGUGACGGAAAGCUGGGGAUCUUGGAUUGAAUAGCCAAAAUAGCUAUCAUUGGAGAAAGGAUGAGAGGUAAAGAAAGAGACAGAUAACAUUUAAGGGAAAUAUAAUGUUUGGUUUACUAUGUAAUGUUUUCCUUAUUAUGUAUAAAAAUAUUAUUUUGUAAUCCUUUAGUUCUGUUUUUUAUUUUCCUCUGUAUAACUGCAUAUUCAAUACAAGUAUUAGUAUAUUAAAUAGCAUAUCAGUAAAGAGACUUACUAAGAUUAUGAAGAUAUACAGCCUGACUUUUAUUUUUUCUAUUUUCAGUCCAGAAAUAAUUUCAUAUUUAGAGCUGAGACCUCUGGAGAGAAGCAAGGGCCUUAUCCUCAGUCUCACUUUAUGUAAGGAUCCAUUUUAAAGAGGUACAUAGGGACAUAAUUUUCCCUGGUUCCAAACAAUAGCCUCAAACACUAGAGUUGCUAAUAAAAAGAUAAUUGGAAGUUACACAGAUUGAACACUUCACAACUGGAAUCAAAGACCAAGUUUCUAAAUACCUGAAACUUCAGAUGCCUAUAUGGCUAGGCAGGUAAUAAUUUAGGAAAAUUAUUUUAAAAUUUAGGAAAAAUAAAUCAAGUAUUUUAGAAGUUAAUAAUUUCACUUUUACUCAUCUUUUAAUCCUGAUUUUUACAGACUGAGUUAACUUUAAGCAAGGCACUCUUAUGUUAGAAAGUGAAUAAAUUCCAGUGAAAUUGUUAGGAAUAUCUAACAAAUUAGAAUUUCUUUUAAAGCACUGAGCCACAACAUAUGUUCGGGUACCUAAGUACCAUGGGAUCCAUGUACCAUGGUGGCGGGAGGGGGUAUGUUGCAGAAGUCAUCUAAUCUAACCUACCAAGCCUAGAGGGACACAGGAUUAAAAUUGCAAUUUCAAUAACAAACUGUCCCUCAUGUUUGUAGCAUACCAUGUUCUUUUGACCCUGGCUUCCAGGGAUCUAUGACUUGAUAUACUCAUCACCUUGGAUGGAAUUUCCUCUAAUCCUUUCCUCCUAUGUGCACAAGUCCUUUUGUUGUUCAAAUUCCCAAUGACCCUGCUUACUAUGGAAUAUUCAUUUGACUUACGGUUCUUCUCCAUUUCAUUUGACCCACUGUGGUAUACAUUACAUUUGUACCCUGUGAGCUUCACUUCCACAUCACCUGACCUCUGGAUGUUAACAUCUUUAUUCUGCUUUGGCUGCCUUAUGCUAUAAACUUAGUGACGGCAAUGUUCUUUAUUAAACAUCUUCAUGUUUUAUUGUUACUAAGAUACCUAACAUUUGUACUCAAGCAUAUAAUAACAUUUUUCAGGUACUAAAUAGCUUUUGCUUAUUUUUAAACCUUAGCAGAAUUCCCUUGUGACACAGCAGGUUAAGUAUCUGACCCUGUCACAGCAGCAGCCCAGGUUGUUGCUGUGGUACAGGUUUGAUCCCUGGCCUGGGAAAUUCCACAUGCCACAGACACAGCCAAAAAAAACAAAAACAAAAACAAAAAUCCUUAGCAAUUUCUCCUUAAAUUGUUCAUAGGCAUAAUACUGAUAAUAAAUGAUAAACAUAAUAACAGACUACUUAUGAAAUAUGAUUUUUUUGGAAAGUAUAGGCCUUUUAGUUUUUAAUUUGUUGAGAUAUACUGAAUAUAACUGUUGGUGAAACAUAAAAUAAAAGGGUCUGAGAAUCACUAUAGGAGGACAAACAAUUGUAGAAAAAAUAUGUCUUUGUUUCAUUGCUUUGUCAAUAAUUUUACUAUAGAGACAAAAAUAAAAGCUGAAUCUAUAUAAUUCUCUCUGAAAAAUACUAAGUGUUGAUCAUAUGUAUCUAUAUGAUAUACUUAAAAUGAUUAUUACAAAGUAACCAAAUAUAUUCAUUGCACAUUGUUUAUAUUCUUGAAUAAACUGUAUUUUUCAAAAGUA